CAUUUAUUAACCAAAAGUUUUAUAAUUUAGUGAUAUGUAAGAUACAUCGUGAUUGGUUAUAAAGAGAAAUUUUGAAAAAUAGCUCUGGAAGAGAUUUUAUGAUUGAUGUAUUAAACAGAUUUCCAAAAGCGAUAUACGUAAGAAAACAUCGAUACAAUUAGUACAUUUGCAUUAUCCAGAAUAUCGAUAAAAUCACUAUUCAUAGUUAAGUCGCCAAGGAUUAAAAGCUGACUGAGCGCAAGUAUUAACAAAAAAAAAAGACACAAAAUUAUUAUGUCAAAAACAAUAUUAUGUGUUUUACUGAAAGUGUUAAUGUUAGCGAGAGCGGAUGUCUUGUCAAACUAUUCGGAUUCAGACUUCACACGGGAUAUUCCAGUAUCCGAGAACAACGAUUAUCACUUUUUACAAAACCUCGAAUCUGACUGGAGUUAUUCUGAUAGUGUGAGUGUGAGAAACAAAAUUGAUGAGAUUCCAUUUACAAAUAUGUCUAUGAUCCCAGAAUCUAUUGAAAGCGUUUUGAGGAAACCGACAUCUCCCAGAGCAUUUGUCGAAUUCGAUGGGUUUCUAAAUGAAAAAGACAUUUCUGUAACAUUCAGAUGGAAUCAACCUGAAUUUACAGAUGAAGUAAUACAAGGAUACACAGUGCAGUGUUGGUUCGUCGAGAACCAAAAAGAGAUUCAAAUCUGCGACAACAAAAGUAUCUCAGUUACAAUAUUGGAGUUCACGGAGCACAAUCUAAAACCUAACACAACGUAUUACUUUCAAGUGCGAGCGCAUACUAAACUUAGUGCUGGUCCUUACACAGAUUUAAUUGAUGUAUCGACUAUGCACGAAAAUCCAGUACCGCAAGUAUUGAUUGUAUCAAUAAAUGGAAUUUAUUUAUGCGAUCUGGAUUCAAAAACCAAAAUUAUAUUAGUUGAGCAAUAUGAUGUAAUAGAUGCCACUUAUUCGAUAGCGGAGCAUAAAAUUUAUUGGAGCAACAGAAAGAGAGAGCUAAUGAUAUUGGAGAUAAAUAAAAACAAUAUUACAAAAAUAACUACUUUUCCAAAUAAUGCGUUCUAUCUCUGCAUCGACUGGGUAGCAAGAAAUCUGUACUGGAUAAAUUUAAACGACUUUGAUCCUUAUACUCACAUCAUAAAGCUCGACUUAACAAAGUGGGAAAAUGGCAUAGUAAAAUAUAAUAAAAUUUCGAAAAUAAAAUUCUUUCGUAGCGGUGAAUAUUUAACUACAUUACCGUCUAUAGGAAUUUUAUAUUGGGCAAAUUACACUAAGAAUAAUGAACUUCAGAUAAUACAAUCGGAUCUUGAUGGAAAUAACGCUCAAAUCAUUCAGAAUUUAUCUAUUAUAUGCCCCUUCUCACCCAAUAUAAUAUAUUUUGUUGAUAUGAAAAUUGACGAUAUAAAUACUAAGAAGCCGCAAAUUUAUUGGCUAUUCAUGAAACUCUUCUUUGUAACAGACAUUAACGUUUCUAUGUGCAAUUUAAUUUUACAAAGCAAAGAAAUUGGCUAUAAUAUAUACUUUCAAUCUUUAGCAAUAGACAAAACAAACAUUUACAUUUCAUGUUACAAUUUUGAUAUAUAUGUUUUGAAAAAAAAUGCACUUCUCGAGAGUGUAGACGCAUUCAAAUACAUCCAAAAGAUAAAAAUGCUUUAUAGGGUUAAAUUUUAUGCUUUCGAUAAAUCUUUGCAAUCGUAUCCUCCAACAAGAUGUCUGAUACCUGACAACAAAGUUUACAACGUAGGAGAAUCGACGUACACGGUAACGACGAACAGCAUCAUCAUAAAUCUUCCGGAGCCGGUCCCUAAGAGCGGAUGCAAAAAGUACAACUUACCUAGCACCAAAUAUACCAUCAACAUCAUAAGCUAUUGUUUAAACAAUGAGCUUAACAAGUUCGAUAAUUUCAUGGUGCAGACGUACGAGCGAUAUUAUGAGAUUCAGAAUUUAACGCCGUUUACAGAGUACAAGUUAUUGUUAAUAAUAAGCAAUUUUUAUUCUGGUCAGUUAUCGAUGGACCCGUUAUGGAGUUCAGAAGUGAUGCUGAGAACUGAACCAAGCAAGCUCAGCGGACCGGAAAAUGUGACAGUUUAUGCUCUGACGCCUAUGAUAGCGGCAGUUUAUUGGAUGCCACCUGAGAAACUAAACUGCGUGCCCAUAAUCUACAAAGUAUAUUGGACUAUUCUCAACAAUAUGACACAAAAAAACGAGCUACUUAUCAAUGAUACCGAACAUAAGAUAGACGGCAAAUUAUUCACGAUAAUCGAACCGUUGAUACCCGGAAAAAGAUACAGUGUAUAUGUACGCAUAAUGUAUCCAGUCAACUUUAGCAAUUAUUAUAGUGACAGUUUGAGCAACAUAUUGGACAUGUAUUCGAAACCAAACAAUAUAACUUUAAGCGGGGUUAGCAUAAACGGUAUGAGUAUCUCGUGGAUUCCUAGCCUUAGUUUCAAUGAUAACCAAUUGGAAUAUAAAAAUGUUGAGCUGAAGGAGUGGCAAACUGUUGACGACUUUGAGCAGAAUAAAAGGGGGAAAUUAUUGUACUAUAUAAAAAACUUACUACCAGGAACUCGAUACGAGUUUCGUUUGAUACUGAAAUAUCCCAGGUAUGAGAAAAACUUUAUAUGGCCAUCUGAUGGAAGAUUUACUUUUUCAACACUGACAAGUGAUAUUUCGAGCACUCCUGGAAUAACAGUUAUGGAAUAUUACCUAUCCAUAAGCCUUGUCGCUAUAGUUACUGCAAUCUGUAUUUGCUACUUUUAUUACUUGUACCGACAAUGCAAGAAAAGUAACGAGCAAGUUUUGCCUCCGAUAACGACUGACUUAGAGACUUUACAUGAGAUACCUAACGGUAACGUUCAACUCAAUACAUUAUACAGUCCUAUGUUGGAAUGUAAUUCCGAAAACGUGAUCGAAAUCAAACGUGAAGAAAUCAAAUUAGAAAAACGUAUAGGCAGCGGCGCAUUCGGAAAGGUGUUUCAAGGGAAAGUGAAAAAUUUAGAAAGACCGGGUAUAGAGACAUCCGCUGCCAUAAAAAUGCUUGGAGAAAAUGUUUCCUCACAAGAGAAGAAGAAGUUUUUAGAUGAGGCCAGGCUUAUGAAUCGCUUCCGACACAAACAUGUGCUAAGAUUGCUGGCCGUCUGCUUAGACGAAAAUUCUCCAUUAAUUGUGUUGGAAUUAAUGGAAACUGGUGAUCUGCUACAAUAUUUGAGGGAUAGUAGAAACUUGCAACCGUCAGAUUCGCACGCUCUACGUCUACAAGAUUUGUUCGCCAUGUGCGAAGAUAUUGCGCGAGGCUGUUGCUACCUGGAAAAUCUGCGUUUCGUUCAUAGAGAUCUCGCGUGUCGAAAUUGCUUAGUAUCCGCAAGAGAUCGUGAGAACCGUGUCAUUAAAAUCGGCGAUUUUGGUCUAGCUAGAGAUGUUUACAAGGAUGACUAUUAUCGCGUGAAAGGACAAGGUCUUCUUCCUGUUUGCUGGAUGGCACCGGAAUCUUUGGUGGUCGGAAAAUUUACUUCCCAGAGCGAUGUUUGGUCAUUCGGGGUUGUGAUGUGGGAAAUUACAUCGUUGGGUGAGCAUCCUUACACUGGCAAGGUUAAUCAGGAAGUGAUAGAUUAUGUCCGCGCUGGAGGCAGGUUGCCGAUGCCUCUCAAUUGCCCACCGACUUUGUACGAGUUGAUACUGCGUUGCUGGAGUUCAGUGAAUGAUAGACCAAACUUCAAACUUUGUCUCGAAAAUAUUAUAGCUUUAAGAAAUAACAUAGAAGAUACUUUACUGAAUCCAAUGGAUAUUAUCUAGCUGAUAAAAUUAAUUAAUUAAUGACAUUACUUUCUAAAUGAUCAAAUAAAAUGCUCAAACGCUGAAAAAAUAAUUUUAAAUAACUAAUAUUUUGCCAUUUUCAAGUUUUAUCUUAAUAUUAGAUUAGUAGAUAAAGAUAAGAAAGACAUGUCUCAAUCUCACUUUGCGAAAAAUUUUGAUGAUUCAAAAUCACAACAUUUAUUCUUACAACUUUAAACAACGUGAUGCUGACGCUAGCACUUUCGAGUAACCGAAACAAAACUUAAUUGUUCUAAUUACUAUAAUUAUUGGUAUAUUGCUACAGUAGUUUUGGAAAUAAUGUCUAUUUUAUAUUAUAUUAGCACCCUGUUUAUUUCUAUAUUUUUUCUUGCUUGAAUGCUAAAGCAAAGUAUAGUGUAAGUUUGUUUUAUGCGACUUAGAGUUUAUGAGAAAUUUUCCUUCAAUAAAUAUAUCCCAAAGCGUUAGAUGUGUGUAUAUCAUGCAUUUAAUUAAUUAUAAA